AUGGCGCCCGCCCCCUCAAUCACCGUAAACAACCUCACCUUCGCCUUCCCUGACGGCAGCACUGGCCUCCGCAACAUUGGCCUCGACCUCCCUCCCGGCUCUCGCAGUCUCCUCAUAGGCGCAAAUGGCGCGGGCAAAACAACCCUCCUCCGCCUCCUCUCCGGCAAACGCAUGGCCCCUUCCAACACCGUAAGCAUUGCCGGUAUCGACCCCUUCGCCACUGGCCUGGAAGGCGUGACCUACCUUGGUCUGGAAUGGGUGCUGAACCCGAUCGUGCGCACUGAUAUCGCCGUGCCGGAACUACUGAAGAGUGUCGGCGGGGACCACUACCCCGAGCGCCGCGAUGAGCUGGUACGGAUUCUAGACGUGGAUCUAAGCUGGCAUUUGCACGCGGUUUCGGAUGGCGAGCGCAGACGGGUGCAGCUUUGCAUGGGGCUGUUGAGGCCUUGGACGGUGUUGUUGUUGGACGAGAUUACGGUUGAUCUGGACCUCCUGUCUCGCCACAACUUCCUUCAAUUCCUGAAGCGGGAGACGGAGAGCCGGAGCUGUACGAUCGUGUACGCGACGCAUAUUCUCGACAACUUGGCUGCGUGGCCUACGCACCUCGUUCAUAUGUCUCUUGGGCGUGUGAAGAAAUGGGGUGAGAUGGGCACGUUUGAAGUCCCGCCUACAGAUGGUGGCGCUGAGGGCAACAGUCGCCUUGGUCAGUUGGUACUGCAGUGGCUACGCGAGGAUCUAGAAGAACGGGGACCGCGCAGAGGGCAAGGUGCUGAAGGGAAGGCUUACCACCACAUGCAGGGCAUUGGCGGGUAUGGACUUGAAGAGAAGAAGUAG